GUGAAGAGGCUGUCUGUCAUCAGAAUAUCUCAUCUGGGAUUUCGCUGUUGUAAUACUAAUGGACAUCUCUCAUUUUCAACAUCCCAUCUGAUCCCUUUAAGUCUGAACCACUCCCAGCAGCCCAUUCUCCUCUAAAGUGAUUCAGACCUACAGAUGCCUCUCUGCGAACAACUUUAAGUCGAACUGACAGAUACAUUUUAAGACAUUCCUCGUCUUUUGCUUCACAAAGAAACAUACAAGGUCAUACUACGAGCUAGACUCCCUGCAUGGGAGAGACCUGCUUCAAUCAAACUGAGGCUUUAAAAGAUCUGCCGUCCCCCAUCUCCGGCCGACCCUCCGCGCUCUGCUUUCUGUCAGGAUGAGUGACUCACAGGAAGCGACGUCCCCGGUGGCGGGAAUAGGAGGACCUGCCGCCUGCGUAUCCAAGGUGGAGCUGCGAGUUUCCUGCAAGUCCCUGUUGGACCGAGACACGCUCAAUAAGUCUGACCCCUGCGUUAUUCUCAUGGUACAGAACCAAGGUCAAUGGACUGAACUGGACCGUACUGAGGUGAUCAAGAGCAACCUGAAUCCAGUCUUCGCUAAAGUCUUGAUGCUGGACUACUAUUUUGAGGAAGUGCAGAAACUGCGCUUUGAAGUGUACGACAUUCACGGAGCUCACAGUAUUGGAACACGCGAUGACGACUUCCUAGGGGGUGUGGAGUGCACACUUGGACAGAUAGUGGCCCAAAAAAAGAUGACGAAACCUCUGUUGCUGAAAUAUGGAAAAUAUGCCGGAAAAUCCACCAUCACGAUUCACGCAGAGGAGAUUUCUGGGAACAAUGGCUACGUGGAGCUUUCCUUCUGUGCCAAGAAACUGGAUGAUAAGCUUCACAGAGUCUAUUCCUUCCUGGACUACAUCAUGGGAGGCUGCCAAAUACACUUCACAGUUGCCAUAGAUUUCACGGCGUCCAAUGGGGACCCUCGCAAUAGCUGUUCCCUGCACUACAUCAACCCAUAUCAGCCCAACGAGUAUCUGAAAGCUUUGAUAGCCGUGGGGGAGAUCUGCCAGGAUUAUGACAGUGACAAACGAUUCUCUGCUUUGGGCUUUGGAGCAAGAAUUCCACCUAAUUAUGAGGUGUCUCAUGAUUUUGCCAUCAAUUUCAACCCAGAGGAUGAUGAAUGUGAAGAGAUCCAGGGGGUCGUGGAAGCCUACCAAAACUGCCUGCCCAAGAUCCAGCUCUACGGUCCCACCAAUGUGGCUCCCAUCAUCAACAGAAUAGCUAAACAGGCGGCUGGAAAAGAGCCCAUCAAAGAUGCUUCUCUGUAUCAUAUCCUGCUGAUCCUGACAGAUGGGGUGGUCACAGACAUGGCGGACACACGGGAGGCUAUAGUCCGGGCCUCAUACCAGCCCAUGUCUAUCAUCAUAGUGGGAGUGGGAAACGCAGACUUCACAGACAUGCAGAUCCUCGAUGGAGAUGACGGGGUCCUGCGCUCACCCAAAGGAGAGCCAGUCCUGAGGGACAUCGUCCAGUUUGUCCCCUUCAGAGACUUUAAAACGGCAUCACCAGCUGCCCUGGCUAAAUGUGUCCUAGCGGAGGUGCCCAAACAAGUGGUGGAAUACUUCAGCCACAAGGCCAUACCGCCGAUGAACCCGGUGCUCAAUUCAACCCCCAACUCCAUCGCCAACACACCUGAAUAACUCUCAAACAGCAGCUUUCCACAGUACUGCAGAGAAAGACAAAGAGACCAACACACUCUCAUCCUGACUGCAUUUCCUCAUCCAUAAGAUGAUCAUACACCACUGACCGUUUGGAUCUCAAUGUUGCCCUUGGAAAAAAAAAACAGGACUGUUCCCCCAGCAUGCAAACCGAAGGCCUUUUUCCCCUCUUCGGAAGGGCAGAGACAAUGCAUUGAAUUCCCAUCAGGACCACAGGCUUUCUGAUCCCCGCUGGCUCGACUCUUUUCAACUGCACAAGGCCGCUUUCUGCAUUCUGCUGUUUUAUAUGCCCUUCAAGAAGCUUUCAUUUCUGACUCCUGGGGAACUGGAACAGAAAUGGCGUGGACGCUUGUAAUGUAAUUAUUCGAAAAUGGCAUGUAUAUUGAUUAAUUCAAAGAGUUCGCUUUGGUUCCGCCUGACAAAUAUGCAUAUUUUGUUGCAAUGUUGAUGAAAAAGUAAUGAGCGCAAGAAUGGUCAUUAGCUGAUUAGUCAGUAUUAGAGGUGACGCUUUAUUAAUUAGCAUGCUAACAGUGCACCGUUUCAAGCUGCUUUGUCAAAUCUGUCACCUUUAAUGCAGCGGUGCAGCAGUUAUACUCACACAGACUGAUGUGUUUGGCUGGUUUGUCUUGCUGGUUUUUUAAAGAUGCAGUAGGUGAUCUGCCUUAAUG